GCCCUUACAGCAAUUUGCUUAAAUCUGACCACGUGCAGCUAUAUGAAACACAUGCCAUUGUGAAUGUCGGUGAAACUGUGUGCACAUUUGAAAUAAAGGAAUACUCCGAAAAUGUGUCUGAAAGAGCAGGACGGUGGACAUCAUUCAUCUUUAAGCUCACAAACCAGUAGUUCCAACUCAAUGGCGAGCAGCGAAAAAAAGCAGACGGAACGAGAAGGAUGGAAAGGAACCCUUGACUUCAUCCUCACAUGUAUCGGCUAUGCUGUGGGUCUAGGCAACAUUUGGAGGUUUCCAUACCUCUGCUACAAGAGUGGUGGAGGAGCCUUCUUCAUUCCAUACAUCUUAUUCCUGUGUAUCUGCGGGAUUCCCUUGUUUUUCAUGGAAACAGUCUAUGGUCAGUUCUCAAGCCUCAGUCCUAUUGCUAUUUGGCGAUGUUCACCACUGUUCAAAGGUGUGGGCAUUGGUAUGGUGAUGGUAUCGGGCCUCGUGUGUGUUUACUAUAACGUUAUUGUGGCCUGGACGCUCUAUUACUUGUUCAUGUCGCUGCGUGCGGUCCUCCCAUGGAGCACGUGCGGCAAUUGGUGGAACACCAAAAACUGCGUGGACGUUGAACGCAAGGUGUUGAUGGCAUCCAACAAUGAAUCCUUCGGAAUCGGCAACUCAACUUUCCUUACCAAUAUGACUAACAUGUCAACAUCAUUGGCUAACUAUACAGUAAUGGCCAAUUCUGUUGUGGACAGGAAGUCCCUGGUCUCCUCCAGCGAAGAAUUCUGGGAGCGUCACGUUCUCCAGUUGACAGAAAGUAUCGACCACCUUGGAGGUCUCCGAUGGCAACUUGUAAUCACUCUGGCUCUUGCAUGGAUCUGCGUCUUCUUUUGUCUCUUCAAGGGCGUUGCUGUUCUGGGCAAGGUGAUGCAUUUCUGUGCGCCAUUUCCCUAUCUGGUGCUGUUGGUGUUGUUGAUCAGAGGAGUGACUCUAGAUGGCGCUAUCGAUGGCAUCAAGUUCUACAUUAUUCCAAGAUGGGAGAAACUUGCAACAUUCCAGGUUUGGGGUGACGCAGCCUUACAGAUUUUCUACAGCGUUGGCAUGGCGUGGGGCGGUAUAAUCACCAUGGCGUCAUAUAACGACUUCAAACACAACAUUUAUAGGGACGCUAUGCUGGUACCCUUAAUUAACUGCGGAACUAGCAUCUUUGCCGGCUUUGUCAUCUUUUCAAUUCUUGGCUUCAUGGCCCACGAGACCGGAAAAUCAGUCGAGGAUGUCGUUACACAAGGUCCCGGCCUCACGUUUGUAGCAUACCCGGAGGCUGUGUCCAUGUUGCCCAUCUCGCCACUCUGGGCCGUCCUCUUCUUCCUCAUGCUCUUCAUCAUUGGCCUUGACAGUCAGUUUGGAAUGUUUGAGACAUGCCUCAGUGCAAUUAUUGAUGAGUACCCGAAUGUGCUGAGGAAACGUCGCGUUAUGGUGGCUGCCAUCGCAUGCUUUGCUGAGUUCCUGCUGGGUCUGCCGCUGAUUACAGAAGGAGGAAUCUACAUCCUACAAGUGAUUGACUGGUACUGUGCAAGCUUUUCACUCAUGCUGAUCUCACUCUGUGAAGUGAUUGCUAUUGCAUGGGUAUAUGGGGUAGAUCGGUUCUACAAGGAUAUAGAGCUGAUGAUUGGUUAUCAGCCAUCCAGGCUGUGGAGCUAUAUGUGGAGAUUUGUCACCCCAACGGUCAUUCUGUUUAUAUGGUUGUUCAGCAUCAUUACCUUGGGCCCAGUGACUUAUGGAGACAAAGCAUAUCCCCAGUGGGCAGUGACGUUUGGAUGGUGCCUGGGCUCCAUAUCCAUCAUCCCCAUCCCCACGUAUAUGGCCUUCGCCAUUUGGCAAGAAGAGGGUACCUUCUGGGAGAGGAUGCAGAAAUUAAAGAAACCCUCAACAAAAUGGGGUCCUAGAAAUAAGGAACACAGGGAGACAUACCUUGCUUCAUUAGACGAAGACCACGCUAUUGAACAACAUAUGAUGGACACCAAUAAUGUUGUAAACCAUAAUGGAGCUCAAGAAGCAAAACCAUUCUUAGCAUGAUUGAUUUUCAGUCACUAAAUUGGCUGUCACAAUAGUGUUGAAUUUCAAUCUUUGAAGAUCAUAACUAGAUAUAUUAGAAGAGUUUGGGUUUUGUGUACUGGUUCUUUGUACAUAUUUCAAGUGUUUAUAUGCCAGUUGUCUAUCUGGAUGUAUUAAAGGAUCACCCAUGGCGGGCAGGCUAUGACGGGCUGGCCAUGGCAGCCUGAUUAUGGACUGCAGACCGAUGAUGUUCACAAAGUUGUCUGCUCUCUUACUGGAGCAGUUCUAUUCCAAUCUUUACCAAACUUGGUUACAAUGUUUAUGGGCAGAAAAUCUUGAACAUAUUUCAUAUCCAGUAUGAUUACAGUCGUUAAAUGAUCAAAGUUGGACCGAAUCAACCUGCAAGCAACUACAGCAAAGCAAGCCAUUGUGUAUGUGCAUAAGAUCUCAUAUAAGUUUUAUAGAACUGCCUUUAAGUCAUCUUUAAUUGUUUGCAAUUUAUUGAUGGCUCAUGUGACUGGCAUAAAUGCUCCACCUAGCAAGAUAAGGUUUAAUAUAUUCUGCUGUUCUGUUGUUAAAAAAAUUGAAAGGACAACAACAGUAUAUAAAUGUUGCCUUCCUUCAGGGGAUUGUACCUCUUUUCAACCCGAGGGAAUAUUGUUGAAUGAGGCUUAAGCUGGUCAAUAGUGUUCCCUCAAGUUUACAUGAUGCCCCAUCCCCGAGAAGGAAGCCCAUAUUGUUUUUAUCAUACCGAACAAUAUUAAAGGAGUGUGGUAUUAUAUUAUGUGUCAUUGUUUCUUUUUUCUUUCUUUUUUUCUUUGUGAACUUGAACUGGGAAUAUGAGUGUCAGACAAAAUCAUGGUGUGGUUAACAUUUAAUUUUAUAAAAAAAUAAUAUUUAGAAGGAAGAUAUUUGGAACUUAACAUCAUGUUCAGAUUGAUUUAGUAUGCAAAAUAACAAUUUUUUUGAUAAAAUAAAAAUUGUUGUCAGUUCAAUAAACUACAUGUAGUCUGUGGAAUAAUUGAUUUAUAAUAACUGGCAUUUUAGAGUCAAAUGGUAUUUCAUUAAUUUGCUACACAUUUCAACUUAUUUAGCAAUAUUUAAGUGCAUUAUCAUCAAGGGCAUUCACUGUUAUGUUGAUGUAUGUUUCCUAGGUUAUCAGUCAAUAGCAGAUAGUGUCCUAAAUUAUCUUUAUUGGCUGAAUAUGUUAUAACUCGGCCAUCAUAACCAUACUCCAAACUAAACUUGCCAAAUUAAAAUAUUUGCUUGUUCAUCAUUGCUAUUUUUGGUAUUCACUUAUUGCUGUAGCAUCAUCUGCUGGUUCACUGGAGAUUAUAUUCAUUUAUUAAUGUUGUGGUUGAUAAAUCCAAACACUGUAGUCAUGCACUAAAUAUCAUUUUCAUAUUAUUAAUGUUGUGGUUGAUACAUGGGGUCACUGUAGUCAUAUCCAUAUUAUUAUUUUUUGGGUUGAUUUAUGGAAACAAGGUUAUCAUGCACUAAAUAUCAUAUUCGUCUUAUUAAUGUUGUGGUUGAUAUAUGGAAACACAGGUAGUGAUUUCAAAAUGUCUAUCACUUGUAUAUCCAAUGUAUAAACUAGCCUGUGAUACCAAUUAAUUACAGUCUAAACUUGUUAGCUUGAUAUUCUAGGGACCGGCCAAAAUACUUCGAGCCUCGAGAAUAUCGAGCCAAGCGGGAUUGCUUACAGAAUGUGAUUUUGUAUUUGAUACGUUACAAAAAGUCUUGUUUACCUCGUUUGUUAUUUGCUACGAUAUCUUCGCAAGAGUAUUUAUUGCACAUAAUUACCGUACACACAUAUUAAAAAUAAAAAACAAUUUUAUACAGUGAGUAACACAUAAACAUAGCUCAUAAGACAUUAACUCAGCACUGAAAACAUAGAUAUCACAUGAAUAAAACAUUAAGCACAUCUUACUGUUAAAAUAUUUUAGCACUAAAAUAAAAUGCAUGUAACAUGUUACACAGCUUUACAAAAAUGAGGUGAUGCAUUUUUGGGCUGAUUUGUUGAAGUAUCGGCUUGUCGUUUAUUGGUCUAGGUAAUCCAGGUGGCUCUGUAGAUCUUCUGUAUUUUCACUUUCUUCAAGGAUGUUUCGUAGUGUGUUUUUAUGUGAAAGUAGCCUUAUCAAAAUGCAUUUAAAUUUAUACAUGGAUAACAAUUAGAGACAGAACUUAGUGAUGGCAUGUUUGCUCAAACUGUUAAACCAUUUAAAUUUGGUAAUAAUUAUAAUACCAAUUUAGCAAAUUUAAUGGAUUAGCGGCUUGUGCUAAAUGAAGCCAAGCAAACAAAUCAAGAUGUGAAAUUCUUACCUGAACCUGCGAAAAUGACAUCAACCCAAGCAAACAAAACAAUGUGUUAAAUUCUUUCUUGGGACCGCAAAAAUGACAUAGAGCGUGGAGAUAUAUCAACCCUCAAGAUAUCAAGCCAUCUGUGAUUUUUAUAUGAGCAAAGAGUAAAAAAAGUUCUUUCAUUCAAUUGAGCCAAUGAGGAUAUUGAGCCAUGAGAUAUUGAGCCAAUGAGUUUUGACUGUAUUCAUAAUAUCAUAAUGAUUGUUGCCAGGAUAUAAAUAAAGAUAUAAAUUUAUGUAUUAUAUUUAUAAAAAGCACUAUUAUUAUGUAUGCUUAUUAAGUGGUAAAGGCAAUUUGCAUUUGGCCAACAGCUGGAUAAUUAUUCCGGGAAAUAUUGGUACAAUGGAAGAACUGGUGUACAUGUAGGAAACAAUCUUCUCCCACCUCAGAUAUGUAGAUUUAAAUAUUUGGCCAUCUUGACCUCAGGCAAAGAUAAACCCAGUACCCAUUUGGAACUCCCUUUUUAUUGUCAUCACACAAUUACCUCCCUUGUUGAAGACUGUUGUCUGUAGCAUCAUGGAAACCUUGUCUUGUGGCAAUAUUUAAAAUCCAAAUUAUAAUUUCUCACUUCAAAUUGCACCAUAAAAAGAUUUUCACGCUGCAUUCAAAAAAUAAUGCUGCACUCUCCUCAAAACUAUUUAAAAAACGAUUUUACCAUUAACAUAUGGUAAUCUAAAGCAUUACACACAAAAUAGUUUCAGCGAAAAAAUACAUUUUACCUUUGUUUUGUUUAACUGAGGUGGGGGGAAAAGCAUCUACUAUAGCCACUCGUGUAAGAUAGGUUCAUCCAAACCCUCGUACAGGGUGUUCUAUGGAAACUAGGUUCAUCCAAACCCUCGCACAGGGUGUUCUAUGGAAACUCGGUAAACCUUGUUUCCGCUCGGGUUGAGAUGAACUUAAUCUUUCACUCUCGGCCAUGGAAGAUACUUAUAGUCCUGUUUUUACAUACCUUUUUUAAGUCUGUAUAAGAAUGGAUUGCUAGAGUAAAAACUAAGAUUCUCGAGUCUUCAAUGGAAUAAAGAUAGUUAAGCUGUCAUGCUGAGUAACAUAAGAUCUACCGGUUGUGAUAUACUUUGUUCAUUUUAAAUCAAAUCUGUGAUGGCGAUUCUAGAAAAACUGAGUAUUCUGAAAGUGGUAUAUUUUAGUGAUCUGGUUUGUUUAUUAAUGUGCUGGUUGAAUGAUUGCUAAGUCAUAAAGUUAUUUUGAGAUUAUCAAUUGAAACAAUAUUCUAGUAUGUAAAUGUAUUCAGAAAGUCUCUGUCCUAUCAUUUUCAGUAGAUUUGAUGUAGAUGCAGAAAAAGGAAUGUUUUUUGGUAAAAGUUGUUUAGUUUGCACAGUGGUUAGUGCACUCGCUUCUAACCAAGGCAUUCUGGGUUUGAUUCUCGGUCUGGUCUUCUGUGAGUUUUGUUGGUGCUCACAAAGCCAGACAAGUUGUUUCGUCCAACAAAAACAAGACCAGACUCUCCUGGCCCCAAUUUCUUGAGACUUCUUAGUCUUAACAGGCUUUAAGUAGCUUAAUUAUUUCAAUUAGCCAAAAUACAUACUUUAAUUAAAGUUUGAUAAAUGAAAAAUUAUUUAUUGUGAUUAUCAUAAAGGUAAUUUCUAUCUUAAGUAUUAAAACUCUCAAAGAAGUAAAUAUAAUGAAAAUUAUUGAAAAACAGAAAUAGUGAGCUUUAAGCUUAAACCUGUUAUAAGGGACUUAAGAAGUUUCAAGAAAUUGGGGCCAGCAAUAUUGUGUCAACAAGAGUGACUUAGCAAAGAAUAUAACUGACCCUUAACAAUUAUUUUAAACAAAUGAAGUUUAAAUUAAUUCACUCUGUUUUGAUUUGAAACUUGCAAUUUUUUUAAAUGUUAUGGCGUGCAUGUAUUGGUCGUGUACUGUUUGAGGUACCUGUGUAGAUUUCAACAAUGCUGCUGUUGUUUUAUACAUAUAUUUUUUGUAAGGUUUUAUUGAAACAUGGAUAUAUUAUAAUACAUGUAAAUUUUGUGUAUUUUCCCAAUUGCUGGUGUUUUUAUCAUUUCAGAUGUUAGACUGAAACAAUUUUACCAAAAUUAUGAUAAAGCUAACAGUAUUUCAUAUCAUAUGAUUAAAGCAUUAUUUGAAGAUUCUCAUCCAACUUGUUAUAUACAUUGUAUUGAUUUAGAUUUGUAUUUGUAGUUAUGAUUUAUUAUGAAACUGAGACAUUUAAUUAUAUAUUAUGUUUUUAAAUAGGAUACCUUUUUGGAAAGAUCUACAACAUACAGGUGGUUCUGGACCUUCUACAUGAUUGUAUGAUAAAUAUAUUCCACAUCUUGACUCUGUUUUCAUACAUGUAAAUAAAAUGAACAUUGAGAGCUUUUAUAUAUCAUUUUUUCAUAAAUAUAUACAAAUUUAAAAUUAUUUCAAUCAGCUUUCAACAUAGUUUAUAUUGUUUACUACUACUCAGCACAUAUCUUUCUAUAAUCAUUUUAGGCCAGACAAAGAAAUCACAUGAUUCUCAUCCCUGUCUGCCAUGCUUGCUUCAACAUUAUUAGGGUAGGUCUUCCACAUAUCAAGUGUAUUUUUAUACAUUAUGAAAACAAACUCUAAUUUUAGGUUUCACUCUGUUUCAAAGGCAUUUAAUUGUGUUGAAGUAAACAUCUCAAAGCUAUCAAAGGGAAUUGAUAAGUCCUUAAAAUUUUUGCCAAAGAUGUUCAAAACAUUUUUUUUAAUUCCUCUCAUUAAUAUCUUUAAUUUAAAAACUAUUAUGUCAUCCUGUGAUAAAUAUUUUUUUGCCCCAAACAUUGGGCAUAUUCAAAUCACACCGUCCGCCUGUCCCGGCAUCAGUUUUUCCGAUUUUCUGUUUGUUACAGGAGUGAUUGAUUCAUAUACAAAAAGGUGAUGUGUUGAGUGCCAGAUCCACAACCUUACAUUUAGCUCAAGGACACACUAAAGUCUUUGAGGUCAAUCAUUAUGGAAUGCUGCAUAUAUGCACAGAGUAUAGUUGGUUGUGUCCAGCUGUAACUGUAGCUGUCAUACACCGAGGGAUUAUAAAAUUACUUGGCACAUAAUUUGUUUAGUACAUAAAGGAAAUGUGUCACGUCAAUAUGUGUCCCUAACUCUGAGGUCUAAAUCACGAUUAUAAGUUAAUCAUUAUGGGUUGAUGCAUAUAUGCUCAAAGAUAGAAAGCGUUUGUUUCUAGGCUGUUAUAUCAUCAUACAAUGGUUAUGCCAUCUACUCGCUGUUACUUUGUCAUGCAUAGAGGGAUUUUACAAUACCUUGCUAUAGGUUAGAAUGAUAAUUAAAGAUGAUGUGUACACAACUCGCAUCCCUACGUCAACGGUCAAGGUCAAAACUACCUACAUCAAAGGUCAAGGUCACAACUACCUACAUCAAAGGUCAGGGUAACAACUUGCAUGUUCUAGAUUUCCUUAAAUGCCUUUCAGUAAUUUUACAAAAACCAUUUUGUAUGUGUCACAUGGAAGACCGAGCUCCUUACCGCUUGCUUCAUCACUCCCUACACUGGAUGUCAACCAUCAUGGGGUCUGGCAAAUGCUUACAGUUUAUGUAAGCACCCUUCCUGAAUGUAUCCAUAAUUAUUAUAGUUGCAUAAUCCAUUGAACUUCGAGGGCAUUCAUCACUUAACUGUGUCAGCUCUUGUUUCUAAUAGCUGUUCUUAAAUUCAACAUGUACUCAGAUUGAAAGAUCCUAAAUUGUUCCGGAAAACCGGUGUUUAAUCUUGCCUUGUAUAAUCCAAAGAUGUCUAAUGGUGUAUAAUCUUGUUUUUGUAUAUAUAUAUAUCGGGAUUUGUUUACCCGGUAAUAUGAAAAAUAUGUGUAUUUGUAAAAGUAGUGCUUAUGUAUUAGUUUGGAAUUGAUUCUCGAUUUGUUCUUUUACAUUACCAGGAUGGAGAAGAAUUUUUGUCUUAUGUUAAUAUUGUAGGUAAAAUAAAAUGUGCACAAUCUUUAAGAA